AUGGCAGUUGUUGCGACGACUAGAAAGCCGAAAGCAGAAGGGUCUAUCGCCUCUGUAUUCACUACCUUAUCUGGCGGCGCGGAUACCGUCCUUCCUCCUCUUUUCUCUGAUCUCAAGAAAGAGAUUUGGCGCGACAAUCUGGUGGAAAGUUGGCACGAAGUCCUCAGUCAUCUCGAUGAGGCUGUAGAAGAAGUCGCCACCAAGGGGGCAACUAUCAUUCCAAGAAUUACGUUUUCAGAGAUCAAGAAAGGCGUUUCUUUGGAGCAAGCUGCAGCAAUCAAGAAAACGGGUGUUGUUGUAGUUACUGGCGGCGUUCCGAAAGAGGAAGCACUCGCCUGGAAGCAAUCUCUCCGAGACUAUGUUGCUGACAAUGUUGGGCGAGUCAAAGGCUUCCCUACCGAUAACAUUCAGGCAUAUGAGAUAUAUAACUCGAAAGCUCAGACCCUCGCGAGAACACACCCUGCACUUGUAGAGACCCAACGGCAGUUACUAGCGCUCUGGCACACAUCUGACCCGUCCACGGAGAUAAGCCUCACCACACCCAUCUCUUAUUAUGAUCGCUUCCGUAUCAGGAUCCCUGGAGACCGCUCUUUUGUACUCGGACCUCACAUUGACGGUGGAUCGAUUGAACGAUGGGAAGACCCGGGGUUUAGGGCUUGCUUCAAGAACAUAUUGGAGGGAAGAUGGAGGGAGCAUGACUCCUUCGAUGCGUCUCCGAGGAUCCAUGCUAAACAAGAUCUUUAUCAUGCGGCGAAUCAGUGCACUGUCUUCCGCCCUUGGCAGGGAUGGACGUCGCUCUCGACCACAGGCCCUUCUGAAGGCACUUUACGUGUCUGCCCCAUGCUCCCAUUAACAUCCGCAUACCUGAUGCUUCGUCCAUUCUUCCGACCGAACUUGGGGCUUUCUCUUCGCGACUGGGUACCCGAUCUUGAGAGCACAUCAUUCCCCGGGAGUGUCAUGGCGAAGACACAGGAGCUGAAUUCUGUCACCCAUCCGCAUCUGCAGUUGGACCGUACAAUGGUGUCGGCACCGAGGGUAGAGCCAGGGGACCAGAUAUAUUGGCACUGCGAUGUUGUCCAUGCGGUCGAAGGAGAGCACAAAGGACACAGCGACUCUUCUGUACUAUAUAUCCCCGCUAUUCCCUUGACUCUUCACAAUGCCGAUUAUCUUCGCGACCAGCGUAGCAAUUUCAUCAACGGUCUUCCUGCGCCGGAUUUCCCCGGCGGAGAAGGUGAAUCGCAAUUCGUCAAUCGAGCGUCCGUUCAAGAUGUCGCAAGUGUUGAAGGCCAGCGUAUGCUUGGCCUUGCACCAUUCGAAGCGUCAGAUCAUGCAACUGCAGGGGAGAAGGUCGUCAUAUCAAAAGCAAACGCACUGUUGUUCUAG